AUGUUGAUGAAAGUACGAUGGAAUUUCGCCAUUGGCGAAUGGCCAGUUGGCAAAAGUCUUAUUGGCGAAGUUCCGAUAACCCCUUUUAAUUUACCUGUGCUUAUAGUUACCUAUGGACGAAAUGCUGCCAGUCAACCUUAUCCUCCCGAGAUAACCCACUUUGGUCAUAAUGCAUCUUCUUGGACUGCACCUUUUCGAUGGUAUUGGCAGCAAGAUGACGGACAGUUUAGACCGUAUAAUGAUAUCAUGAAUGAACUACUAGAAAAACUUUAUGAACAUUGGAAACUACAUGACGGACCUGCCGAGAUCGAAACUCCACUAUUGACUCAUUAUUUAGAUGAUAUUUCUCAAACGUAUAAAAUUAAUUAUCAAAAAAAUAGACAAACGAAUACCAAUACAUUUUAUCAACGUACCAUUAAUCGUCGGACAAUGAGCAAACCACCAGAUAAUCAAAAUUGGUUUUAUUGUAACGAGUAUGAUAAUUGGAUGCGUUAUGAAUUACUCGUGGAGAAUAAGAUUGACUAA